CAAAUAGCAGUUCAUCAAAAGUAAAACCGAAAAAUAGCCCCAAACUACUAGGUCUCCGCUAACCUUCCCCCAUGGCUCGCAAGCGCCGCCGCGCGGAGCAGCGCACGCCGGCGCCACCUCCGCCUCCGCCCCUUCGGACUAAACCGUCUCAGCGGCAACCGGUGGUCGUCUUCGCCCACGGCGCCGGCGCCCCCUCCUCCUCUGAUUGGAUGACCCGCUGGAAGGAGAUGGUGAAAGAUGCCCUGGAUGCCGUUGAAGUGGUGACAUUCGACUAUCCAUAUAUGUCAGGUGCUAAACGGAGGCCUCCCCCAAAGGCGGACAAGCUCGUCGACCACCAUCUCAGUGUGGUGAAGGAUGCUGUAGCAGAGCAUCCUGGUCACCCGCUUGUUCUUAUGGGGAAGUCUAUGGGUUCGAGGGUCAGCUGCAUGGUAGCCAGCUCCGAUGAUAUCAGUGUUUCUGCAGUCAUUUGCUUGGGUUAUCCACUGAAGGGAGUGAAAGGGGCACUGAGAGACGAGAUACUACUGAAGCUGAUGGUUCCAACAAUGUUUGUGCAGGGCAACAAAGAUGGCCUAUGCCCCUUGGACAAGCUUGAGUUAACUCGGAAGAAGAUGACCUGCAAGAAUGAACUGCAUGUUGUUGAUGGUGGUGACCACUCUUUCAAAGUCAGCCAAAAAUACCAAAAAUCUGCUGGAAUAAGUCAACAUGAUGCUGAAUUAGAAGCUGUUAAAGCAAUUGGACAGUUCGUCCAGAACUCCAUCGCAGAAAGCUUAACCUAGCUGUUCCUUCGAAAUUUUCUUAUAACAUCUAAUGGUAGGUUCCUGAUCCUAAGAUUCUGGCCUUUUCUAGGGGAAAGAUUCUGGCUUUUCAAUGGUCUAAUAUGUGAUCAUGUACUUGGUUUGGUGACUGGUUACAUGUAAAACAAUGCUAUUGUCCCCCCUGAAAUGUAAUAUGCUUGUAAUUA